GCGCGCGCGCCCUGCGGCUUCCGCGCCCGCCGUUGGCCGUUCGCGCGGCUUGGGUGGUUGUCUUGGAGAACCAAGAUGGCGGCGGCGACGGCGGCGGCCUCGGCGGCCUCGGCGGCCUCGGCGGUGGUGGCCGAGGAGGACACGGAGCUGCGGGACCUGCUGGUGCAGACGCUGGAGAACAGCGGCGUCCUGAACCGUAUCAAGGCUGAACUCAGAGCGGCUGUGUUUUUAGCGCUCGAAGAACAGGAAAAGGUAGAGAACAAAACUCCUUUGGUCAAUGAGAGCUUGAAAAAAUUUUUAAAUACAAAAGAUGGUCGUUUAGUGGCUAGUCUCGUGGCAGAAUUUCUUCAGUUUUUUAACCUUGAUUUCACCUUGGCUGUUUUCCAUCCUGAAACUAGCACAUUUCAAGGUCUUGAAGGUCGGGAGAACUUAGCCCGAGAUUUAGGUAUCAUUGAAGCAGAAGGUACUGUGGGUGGACCCUUAUUAUUAGAAGUGAUUAGACGCUGUCAACAGAAAGAAAAAGGACCUCCCAGUGGGGAGGGUGCUUUGGAUCUAUCAGAUGGACAUCCUCCGUCAAAGUCCCCUGAAGGAAAAGCAAGUGGGAACUCCACCCCAAGUAAGAUACCAAGGUAUAAAGGACAAGGUAAGAAGAAGACAAGCGGGCGGAAGUCUGGUGACCAGAAGACCAGCAAUGAGACCAGUGAGAGCGAGCCCAGUGUUUCCUUGUCAGAGCCAGAGAGCAAGAGCAGCCUGCACCCCCCGGCCCGUGAGACAAGGAUUGCAUCCUUCUUGAGCAGCAGCACUUUAGAUGCCAAAGACAAAAGUGCUCUCUGUCCAGACGAAGACGAUGCAGAAGGAGAUUCUUUCUUUGAUGAUCCCAUUCCUAAGCCAGAAAAAACUUACGGUUGGAGAAGUGAGCCUAGGAAGCAAGUGGGAAGUCUGGCCUCAGUCUCUGACAGACCCCCCUUAAGGAGUGGCCUCAGCUCCCUGGCAGGAGCCCCUUCCUUAACAGAUACUGAGAGUAAAAGAGGAAGCACAGUCCUGAAGGAUCUGAAAUUGGUCGGUGAAAAAAUCGGAUCACUUGGACUAGGAACUGGAGAAGAUGAAGACUAUGUUGAUGAUUUUAAUAGUGCUAGCCAUCGCUCAGAAAAAAGUGAGUUAAGUAUCGGUGAAGAAAUCGAAGAAGACCUUUCCAUGGGAGUAGAUGAUGUCAACACCAGUGAUAAACUCGAUGACCUCACACAAGACCUGACUGUUUCCCAGCUCAGUGAUGUUGCCGAUUAUCUGGAAGACGUUGCAUAGACAGGAAAAGGAAGUAUUCUGAUCAACAGAAGAGAAAGGACUUGUCGGCUCCAUGGUCCCAGUCAGUCAUUCUUGCUGGAAUGUAUGCUCCUGCUGGUGCCUUGCAUUUCAAAAAGACUGCAGAUAUUUUUUAAAGUUAACUUUUCAGUUUAGUAAACAAAAUACUUCCUAUAUGAGCUCAUGUCUAGGAGGUUAAUAUUCUUAAUUUGGUUUGCUGUAUAUCGCCAAGGAAAUUGUCUGAAUUCCAACUCAUUAUAGCAAGGGAACUCCUGAAAUGUCAGUGUUACAGAGCAUGACGAGGGAUCAGUACAGCCGUAGUGUGUGUCACUGUAUGUCUCUGGUUGCUGCAGAGAUCUGUGAAACCUUAGCGUUAGCCACCGAAAGCUUACUCACUUGGUGUCUAUUAGGUGGGUUAGCCCAGAGUUGGUGAGCUGACCUGAUAUAUCUGUGAUGCUAAAGUGUAUCAGUACAAGUUAAAUUGGAUGUCUGAACUUUAUUUUGUAUUUCCUUCCAUUUGGAAGGUUUGUUAGACCAUUAAGGUUAUAUUAAAGUACUCUGUGCUAUUAGUUUUGCUUGUUUUAAACUAGAAGUGAUCAGGACUCUUCAUUCAUAGACUUGUCGAUAACAGUUAACAUUUAAGUCACAUUUAUCCUGCUGUCUGUCAGCAGCUGUAGACACAGAUUACUUCAUUACAGUCUUAAUUUAUUUAUUUCUAGAGAUGCCUUGAAACAUUCAAUACCAAAAUGCAUCUGAAACCAUUAAGCAGUGCUUUUAUUUCAGAUCUGUAAGUUGAUUAUAUUUAAAUCCAAAUUGGAAUGAAAUAGUAGUAAUGGCCUAAGACCAUGUAUAUUCAGUUUGACAAACUUUGUAUACUGUACAUAAUUGCAUUGUAGUCCUUUAAAAUAGAGCCAAUAAUAGAAUUUCUGGCAGAUUUAAUUUAUGCUGUUGUAUGUAGUACUGCAGGGAUAUAGGCCACUGGCGUUUGUAGUGCUAAAAUAGUUUAAAUGUGCAAGUAGGAAACUCAGCCCUGUGCAUGCACAGUCAUACCACUAAGUCACAUUUAGGAGUUGUGAAACUUUGGUACAUUUUAUUUCCAUUAUGACUGUUAAAAGUUACCUUUAUUAAUAAAAAGAGAAAUUAGAAAUCA